GCGAAGUUGAAUUGACAGGCGUUCCCGGCUACCGUAGUAGCUGUAUCUGGCAGCCAAACUGAACUGAAGACAUGUGUGGAAUCUUUGCAUAUCUCAACUACCAUGUGCCGAGGACUCGUCGGGACAUCCUUGAGAUCCUCCUCAAAGGUCUGCACCGACUGGAGUACAGAGGCUACGACUCAGCCGGUGUGGGAAUUGAUGCUGGAAAUGGAAAGGACUGGGAGACAAAUGCCAAGUCUAUCCAACUGAUCAAGCAACGUGGAAAAGUGAAGAUGCUUGAUGAGGAGAUCAACAAGCAGCAGGAUAUUGAAAUGGAUGUGGAGUUUGACGUCCAUCUGGGCAUUGCUCACACCCGCUGGGCCACCCACGGUGCGCCAAGCCCAGUUAACAGCCAUCCACACCGAUCUGACAAGACCAAUGAGUUCAUUGUCGUUCACAAUGGAAUCAUCACCAAUUACAAAGACCUGAGGAAAUUCUUGGAGAGCAAAGGUUACGAGUUUGAGUCAGAGACUGACACGGAGAGCAUUGCCAAGCUGGUGAAGUACAUGUUUGACAACAGGGAGAAUAACGACAUCAGUUUUGCAACACUGGUGGAACGAGUGACCCAGCAGCUGGAAGGAGCUUUUGCCCUGGUCUUCAAGAGCGUCCACUACCCCGGAGAGGCAGUUGGCACAAGGAGGGGAAGUCCCCUGCUGAUGGGAGUGAGGUGUGAUCACAAGCUGUCCUCAGAUCAUAUUCCUGUGGUCUACCGCUCCACCACUAAAGACAAGAAAGGCUGCACUGCCCUACCCAGGUCGGACCGGGACACCUGCUUGUUCCCUGUGGAUGAGAAAUCUGUCGAGUAUUACUUUGCCUCCGAUGCAAGCGCAGUGAUCGAGCACACAAACCGGGUGAUCUUCCUGGAGGACGACGAUGUGGCCGCCGUGGUGGAAGGCCGUCUGUCCAUUCACAGGAUAAAGCGCACGGCCGGAGACUAUCCAGCCCGCGCCAUCCAGACCCUGCAGAUGGAGCUGCAGCAGAUCAUGAAGGGCAACUACAGCUCCUUCAUGCAGAAGGAGAUCUUUGAGCAGCCCGAGUCUGUGGUCAAUACCAUGAGGGGGAGACUCAACUUCGAGAACAACUCAGUGACCCUGGGUGGACUGAAGGACCACAUCAAAGAGAUCCAGAGGUGUCGGCGGCUGAUCCUCAUCGCCUGCGGGACCAGCUACCAUGCUGGGGUAGCGACCCGGCAGGUCCUGGAGGAGCUGACCGAGCUGCCGGUCAUGGUGGAGCUGGCCAGUGACUUCCUGGACAGAAACACCCCCGUCUUCCGAGACGACGUCUGCUUCUUCAUCAGCCAGUCAGGGGAAACUGCCGACACCCUCAUGGCCCUGCGCUACUCUAAGGAGAGAGGAGCUCUGACCGUGGGAAUCACCAACACUGUGGGCAGCUCCAUCUCCAGGGAGACCGACUGCGGAGUCCACAUCAACGCUGGGCCCGAGAUCGGAGUAGCCAGCACCAAGGCGUACACCAGCCAGUUCGUGGCCCUCAUCAUGUUUGCGCUGUUGAUGAGCGACGACAGGAUUUCCAUGCAGCCCCGACGCCGAGAGAUAAUCCAGGGCCUGAGAGUCCUCCCAGAUCUGAUAAAGGACGUGCUGGCUCUGGAUGAUGAGAUCCAGAAGCUGGCGAUGGAGCUGUACGAGCAGAAGAGUGUGCUGAUCAUGGGCCGAGGCUACCAUUACGCCACCUGCCUGGAAGGAGCUCUGAAAAUCAAGGAGAUCACGUACAUGCAUUCAGAGGGCAUCAUGGCUGGAGAGCUGAAGCACGGCCCCCUGGCUCUGGUGGAUAAACUCAUGCCGGUUAUCAUGAUCAUCAUGAGGGACCACACCUACAACAAAUGUCAGAACGCACUGCAGCAGAUUGUUGCCCGCCAGGGCCGCCCCAUCGUGAUCUGCGACAAAGACGAUUACGAGACGGCGAAGAACUCGAGCCGCACCAUCAAAGUGCCGCACUGCGUGGACUGCCUGCAGGGCGUCCUGAGCGUCAUCCCGCUGCAGCUGCUGUCCUUCCACCUGGCCGUGCUCCGAGGAUACGACGUGAGUACUGGCUCUGAGUGUCCUGACUGUUCCGACGGAUGA